GUUGUGAACUCAAGUGCCCCUCCCAAUCCCAUGAAACGGCCGGAUUUCUACUUGCCUAUAUAACUUGAGAAAUUCUCUUCUCCAAUUACCUCUCAAAUUAACAUCAAGAUUCAACACACACAUUUUCAAGAAACAGAGACUCUCGACUCCUUGAAAUGGCAUCCUCCAAGCUCAGAAGUUCCUCCUGCUCUUUCCUCAAUCUCCUCCUCUCCUUCUUCAACUUCAUCCUCUUCCUUCUCUCCGCCGCCUCUUUCGCCCCCAUCCUCCUCCUCAAAAACCCCCCGACUUCUCUCGGUUGGGCGUUUCUCUUGAUCUCUUCCCUCUCCCUCCUCUCCUCCUUCACCGGCUUCUACUCUCACUUCUGCUGCAUAACCCACGUCUCCCUCCUCCUCGCCUCCUCCGCCGCCCAGCUCCUCGGCAUCUUAGCCCUCUUCACCAAGGAGAAAUCCAGCCUCUCCAUGCUGAAAUCGCCCAGGGAUCCCAGAGAAGCCAAGCUUCUCGUCAGGCUGGAGUGUGGGGUUCUCAUGGCCAUGUUCGUCAUGCAAUUGGCGGUUGCGCUGCUGUGUUGCGUCGUGCACAGCUGUUGGGUGAGGGAGUACCGAGGGCUGGAGGCGGAGCGGGACGCGACGGCGGAGAAACGGCGGCGGAAGAUUGCGAGGGUGCAGGAGGAAUCGAUGGCUAAUGCAGCGAGAAUUGCGGAAGUGAGAGGGAUGGAGUUGGAGGAGAAGAUGAAGAGCAAGUAUGGAGCAUGGGGGAAGAAUGAUGUUGAAGGCUGAUAAAUCAGUCUUAGCAAUUAUGAAUACAGCUUGCUUGCUGUUUAUGAUGA